AUGUUUGAGACGCUCAUGCUCGAAAGGGACAAAAUGUUGGCACCACAUCUAAUGAUGCAUGCAAAAGACUUCAUUGCUGGUCGACAACGAGCCGGAGUAGGGCCACAUUCCAGUUUUCCCUUCCACUUUCGACUAAAGAGCACUAUAACGGAUAUCGCUGCAUCAAUUAAGCCCAAGGACUACACGGUCUUUUGGACAUCAGGCCAUACUCAGAUGAAGGUGGCAGUGAAAUCCGUCCCAAAGGCGUUGGUAACUGCCAUGGAUGUUUGGUGUUGUCGAUAUAAAAUUGCUGACAUAAAGUUCAAGUUCUCAAUGGAUCCUUCCCAAACUCGACAAGGGACGGGCUAA